GACAGGCAGGGUUUUCUAUUUCUCAAUGGCUCCUCUGGUUCUGUUUCUCUUCUCAGCACUUGCUGCUUGGCCUCUUGGCUUAGAAGCUCGUGUGGUUCGAGACUUUUCAACAUGUAAGCAAUUCUUUUACAAAAACACUGAACCCACAGGCAUAGAUCAGAAUGCUGAAAAAAUCUGCCAGAAAAAACGUUUCGACUACUACGCUUCCCUGUAUUCCACAAGUCAUCGGAUGCCAGUGUACAGUGCCUACACCAUUGAUUAUACCUGCAUGGACAAUGAUUUGAGGAGAAGAGGAGUCUGGUUUAUUGAACCACAGAUUUCUAACAUUGAUGGAGAAGACAUGACUGUUGCAGGAGUUAACAAAGACUUGAUCAAACUAAAUCAAGCGCUCAACGAGGAUUAUGAACACACCGACUACGACCGCGGACACUUAAACCCGAAUAGUUAUCACUGUAACGAGGGCCGUGUCGCCACUUUCACGCUGACCAACGCUGUGCCGAUGGAUGCGUGUUUCAAUCGAGUCCAUUGGAAAAAAUACGAGGAUUAUUUGAAAACUCUAGUACUAGGACUUCGUGGGGUUGGAAGAGACUUUUUUGUGACAGGGGCUGUGCCUUCAAGAAACAGAAUCCCUGUGCCAGGGUUGGACACCACUGAAAAUGUCCGGGAAUUUAGUAGGGUUACAAUUCCCAGUCACAUGUGGACCGCUCUGUGCUUUCAGCACAAUGAUGAGCAGUAUUCAUUUUCUAUAGGUUACAUAGGAGAGAAUAAAGCAGAUGCCAUCAUCCAAGUAAUGUCAGUCCCUGAUCUUGUGCACAGGCUGGGUGAGCUAUACAACAGCUAUAACCUGCAGAUCUUUGACAAUGACUGUCAUUCUAAUUCUCAGAAAUCUAAAGAAGUUCUACAGCAACUCUAUAAAAAACUGGAUCUCCCUCAGCUUCAAAGAAUGUUUUUCUUAGAACAAAAUGUCCAAAAUCUUUUAUCUGCAAGCUUAUCGAAAAGACAGAGGCGUAGUGGCAGUCAAGAACCGAUUAAAAAGCCCAGAAUUUCUGAAAUGACGUUGGAAAUGAACUACAGGGAUAUGACAGAGUGGUUCGACAGUAACGAGUACAUGAAGCUCAACACCGAAACUACUUGUAUGUUCGAACUCAAUUCGAAAGUGCAGUCGUCCUGGCCGACAUUCAUCAGAGAUGAGCUUCGUAUGAGACGUUCUGCUGAGAAACUUGACGAUUACAUUUGUAAACUCAUCCCAGAGAAGUCUAGACCUGAGUCUGUCAUUACGGCCGAUGGUACUCAUUGCAGAGCAGGCACGACGUGUUCCAGCGGCAGCUGUCCAACUGAUCAAGGGAAUAAAGCGUGCUGCACGUCACCCUGCCUGUAUGACCACGUCUGGAAAGAUUUCAUGUGCAGUUCGGGACAGCGAAUAAUCAGGUGCUCCACCCAGUAUUCCGCUGUGACUGUAAGCGGUAAAGCAUGCAGACAAGAUCACCCAUGUGGGACUUAUGGAGAGACGUAUUAUUGGUGUUACACGUAUGAGACUGAUUGGGAUUUCUGCAGCCCGCCUUAUGUAAACAGUAUAGGUAAAAAUGGAAAACCUUGCCGAGACGACCAUGAAUGCAGCACCUAUGGGGAAAGUUACCAUUGGUGUUAUACUGAUCGAUCCGACCACUGGAGUGAGUGCUGCACCAAUAAAGAUCCCUAUGUAGCUGUGAAUGGUAAAAUAUGCAAAACAGAAAAACCAUGUGGCACUUAUGGAGAAAAUUACCUAUGGUGCUACACCACAGAUGGUUCGUGGGAUUUCUGCUGCACUCAAUAGCCUACAACUAAAGGUCCUAUCAAUUAGGUCGCUAUGCUUUGCUGGUUUCAAUCUGUUGCUGUGAAAUGAUUUGAUUUAUAUAUGCAGGCAGACAGACUAUAAAGUGCUCUGAAGCAUUUCUUUACCUGUCAUUCUUUGCGUGGCAAUAAUCUUUUCAGGACUGGGAUGUAAGUGCUAGCCUAACCUGGUGGCCCUCUACGUUAUGCAAAAUAACUGGGUUGAAGAUCUUUAAAAGAAACGUUUUAGUGUUGGGUUAUUUGUACUACUUUUGAGGUUUUUGAUAUAUUUACUGAUUUCGAUCUUAUGCUGUCAAGUCAAGUCCAUUUUAUUUAUCCCACUAGGGGAAAUUUGUUUGUAGACAGGUAUUAAAACACAUUCAAUCCAUCAUAUAUACUACAUAAACAGCGUACCUGACACCACUCAGCGCAACAACACAAUACAGUACAGUACAAGGAUCGCUUCAUGUUGAAACCCAGAAAUAAGUUCCGUCAAUGAACCCUUAGUGCCAUUCAUUUAUGCAAAUUUAGCCUCCCAAUAGCAAAACAAACAAGAGUCCCCAAAUAUUUUUGUUCUGUGGGUGGAAACUCUACACCUUCUUCCUGAAGGCAAGAGCUCGAACUCCUCCUUCAGGGGAUGGUCAGUACAAGCCAAUGUGGCUUUCUCUACUAGCAAGUGUGGUUGAAUAGUGUUCAAAUCAGAAGAAAAAUCAACGAACAGAAGUCUGGCAUGAGUUAGUGGGCCCUCAAGGUGAUGAUACAAGCUGUUCAGCACCAUCAGAGAGGCAUCUUCAACACCCCUACCAGCUCUGUAAGCAAACUGCAGAGGAUCCAGAGAACCCUGGAUCUGCUGCCUAACAGCCCGUCCCACCACCGUCUCUAAAACCUUCAUCAGUAAAGAUGUAAGUGCUACCGGUCUAAAAUCAUUUAAGGACUUUGGUUUUGUACACUUAGCGACAGGGCCAUAAUUGAAUGUUUUCGGAUUUCCGGAAUCAUUUGUAACUCCAGAGAUUUCAUAAAGAUAACCUGAAAAACCGCAAAGCUGAUCAGCACAAAUCGUGUGCUUUGCCACAGAUCUUAUCAGGGCCUGGACUCUUCCUACUGUUGGUGUGCCUAAACAGUUUUGCAACAAAGUCAACAUCAAUGGUCAAUGUUUGACUCGACUUAGUCUUGCACCUCAUCUCAUCUGUUUAUUGAAAUCUUGUUUAUCAAACCUUAAAUCAAAAUCAUUCAAACUAUCAGCUAAUUGACUGUCAGAAUUACAACCCUCCAGACUGGCUGCCUUAUUACCCCUCACAUGACAUCCAGUCAUCUUUUUCAUGCCAUUCCAAGCAGUCGUGUCUGUCAUAUCCAAUGUGCUGACACUCAAAUAAAAAAAAUGAUUUUGAAAGG